AUGAUGAACUUUGGAUAUUUGCUUCUCUUUCUCAUUGGCAUUACUGCAUCACACCUGAAUAAUCCACCUGUGUUUGCCAAACUGGGAGAAACUAUUCAUAUGUCUUGCUUUUACCAGAGCCAAAUGGCAAUGCACUUCUCAUGGUACAAACAUGAACUUGGAAAGAAUCCCAGGCUCAUCUCCACCAUAUACAAAAACAUACAGCUCUCAGACUCUGCAACAUACUAUUGUGGAAGUGCUUAUUCCAAUGUAAUGGAAUUUGUCGAAGGGACAGAGUUGAUAGUUGAAGGGGUGAAAAGCUACACCGUUGUAAAUCAACCUUCAUUAAUUCCAUCACAUCAUGGGGAUUCAGUGAGACUUACCUGCACAGUUUUAAACCAGAACUGUGUGGGAAACAACAGUGUGUACUGGAUUAUACAGGAAUCAAAAAAAUCUCACCCAAGAUUAAUUGGUGCACAUGGAACGAGUGUUGGUCGGUGUGAGUGGAGCUCUGAAGCUGGUCUUAGAGCACGUCGAUGUGUCUACAGCUUCUCUAAGAAAGACCUCAAACUUUCUGAUUCUGAGGCUUAUAACUGCACUGUUGCUGCAUGGGGGGAGAUACUGUUUUGGAAUGGCAUCAAACUGGACAUUAAAGGUGCUGAUUCAACAGAACAGAUGAUGACUUUUGUAAUUCUUUCCAUUGUAAGAACAUUACUUAUUUUAAUUACAAUUGCCACAAUUACUUUUUGGUACUGCAUGAAUUCAAAAAGAAUUUCACACCAUGGGUCUUCUCCACCUGCCAUUACUCUUCAAGAUAGACCAUCCCGACCAGAAGAAAGACCUGGUCUUUUGAUGAAAUCUGCUUCUGAUCAUCUGUAAUAUGUAAUUCAUUUAUGAUAUGGAAUAAGCAAUGACAUAAUCUGCACCUU